AUGCAGCUCGGUUGCCUCGAGAGCGUCGCCAACUCCUCGGUGGCCUACAGCUCAUCCUCGCCGCUCACAGCCUACCCCCCGGCGGCCACAGAGUUCGCCUCGCCCUACUUCUCCACCAACCACCAGUACACCCCCCUGCACCACCAGUCCUUCCACUAUGACUUCCAGCACUCCCACCCCGCGGUGGGACCGGAGGCGUACGGCCUCAACUCUCUCCACUCUGGGCAGUAUUACCAGCAGAUUCACCAUGCAACACAUGGAGAUGCAGACUUCAUCAACCUGCACAGUGCCCGUGCACUCAAGUCCUCGUGCCUGGAUGAGCAGCAGCGGCGCGAGUUGGGCUGCCUGGACGCUUACCGGAGACAUGACCUGUCUUUGAUGACGUCACACGGCGGGCAGUAUGGCAUGCACCACGACCAGAGGCUGCUGCCUGCGGCAGGUCUGGGGCUCCCUACCCCUGGGGCGGAUGACCUGCAGGUACCUCCUCUCUCCUCUCCUCUCCUCUCCUCUCCUCUCUGCUCCUCAACCCUCCUCUCUACUCCUCUCCUCCACUGUUGUAAUCCUGAUCAAACACCAAGCACAGUUGCUGACAUUUUUCAUCCAAAAGCCACACUGGCUAUAGUGAACUACAAAGUUAUGUUCAGGCCCUAACUCCUAAGCCCUAGCUCCUAGCUCCUUAAGCCUGUCUCCUAUCUCCUAUCUCCUAAACCCUAACUCUUAUCUUACUCAGUCAGAGUCAUAGAAAUAGAUAGAUAGAUAGAUAGAUAGAUAGAUAGAUAGAUAGAUAGAUAGAUAGAUAGAUAGAUAGAUAGAUAGAUAGAUAGAUAGAUAGAUAGAUAGAUAGAUAGAUAGAUAGAUAGAUAGAUAGAUAGAUAGAUAGAUAGAUAGAUAGAUAGAUAGAUAGAUAGAUAGAUAGAUAGAUAGAUAGAUAGAUAGAUAGAUAGAUAGAUAGAUAGAUAGAUAGAUAGAUAGAUAGAUAGAUAGAUAGAUAGAUAGAUAGAUAGACAGAUAGUACUCACCAUGUAUAUAACCGUUUUAGAAUGGACAUUGCCAUUGAGGCCUUCCACCAUUUUAAAGUAGUCAACUGGGUCUGGAUUCCUAUGAGUUGGGAGCAAUCAGACAAUGAAGAACAAAAUUGACCACUUUAAAAUGGAGGUAGCCUCAAUGGCGCCCAUGCUGUCACAGACGCUAUAAUUUCACAGAUACAAAGAUGAGUCCUCUAUCUAUCUCUAUUGUCAAAGUCCGUCUCCGCCCAGCUCUGUUCCCUCUCACGCGCUGCAGUCCUUCUGGAAAGCAGCAAGAGGACGGUUCAGUCAAAAUGGAAAUACAACAUUCAAUGAAUGACAGUCGAUACCUACAUUAGGCUAAUAUUACACUCGAUGGAGAGAAAUUAAAUCAACAUUUGUCAAAUGAAGAUGAAGUAAUCUAGAAUAAAACGAAAUAGAAUAAAUGCUGCAUUUAAACAGUUAAUCUGAGAAAUCCACUUCCAUUAUGCACUCCACCCUUUAUUUUACUCCAAAUGCACGUGACAUAUAUUUUAACUAUUCUUUUAGAUGUAAAUAAAUUGUGUGUGUGUGUGUGUGUGUGUGUGUGUGUGUGUGUGGUGUGUGUGUGUGUGUGUGUGUGUGUGUGUGUGUGUGUGUGUGUGUGUGUGUGUCCGGCUGGUGAGGCUGUGUGAAGCCGCUGUUUCUCUCUUCUCCUCUGAAAGGCGGAUUAAGGGAUCCGGGUUCGCGGCACAAUGGGCCGCUCUAGCGCCAUAAAGCACCGUAGUUUAUCCAAUUACCGACUUAAUGUCAAUCAACCGGUUCUUUCUUCCACAACAUCUGAGCCGCGGCUCCGGUUAAACACAUGCAGCACGGGACAGAAACAUCUCCGGUUAAACACGCUGCACGGGACAGAAAGAUCAUUCCUUUAUUGAAAUAUUCCUUUUUCAACUGUACAACCAAACUACUAGGAUACUAGAAGUGAUUCAACUGGUAGGCCUAGAUAUAUAUUAAUAUAGAGCUAUUUUAUAAUUAAUGCACUUGUAAGUAAUAUUACUAUAGGUUUAAAUUAUAACAAAUUGAUUAAUACUAUUAAUAUAGGUUUAAAUGAUAACUACUUGAUUCAUAAUAUUAAUAUAGGUUUAAAUGAUAACAAAUGGAUUAAUACUAUUAAUAUAGGUUUAAAUGAUAAUAAAUUGAUUAAUACUAUUAAUAUAGGUUUAAAUGAUAACUACUUGAUUCAUAAUAUUAAUAUAGGGUUAACAUAUUAUUAAUAAUAUUUGUUUUUGUAAAUAAUAUAACAAAUGUGUUAUUGUCACAAACACCUGAUAGGUCUAAUGCGUUGUUUUACAGGGUCAGUAAUAGCAGUAUGAUAGACCAGUGUAAUGUGUUGUUUUACAGGGUCAGUAAUAGCAGUAUGAUAGAUCCAGUGUAAUGUGUUGUUUUACAGGGUCAGUAAUAGCAGUAUGAUAGAUCCAGUGUAAUGUGUUGUUUUACAGGGUCAGUAAUAGCAGUAUGAUAGAUCCAGUGUAAUGUGUUGUUUUACAGGGUCCGUAAUAGCAGUAUGAUAGAUCCAGUGUAAUUUGUUGUUUUACAGGGUCAGUAAUAGCAGUAUGAUAGACCAGUGUAAUGUGUUGUUUUACAGGGUCCGUAAUAGCAGUAUGAUAGAUCCAGUGUAAUGUGUUGUUUUACAGGGUCAGUAAUAGCAGUAUGAUAGAUCCAGUGUAAUGUGUUGUUUUACAGGGUCCGUAAUAGCAGUAUGAUAGAUCCAGUGUAAUGUGUUGUUUUACAGGGUCCGUAAUAGCAGUAUGAUAGAUCCAGUGUAAUGUGUUGUUUUACAGGGUCAGUAAUAGCAGUAUGAUAGAUCCAGUGUAAUGUGUUGUUUUACAGGGUCCGUAAUAGCAGUAUGAUAGAUCCAGUGUAAUGUGUUGUUUUACAGGGUCAGUAAUAGCAGUAUGAUAGAUCCAGUGUAAUGUGUUGUUUUACAGGGUCAGUAAUAGCAGUAUGAUAGAUCCAGUGUAAUGUGUUGUUUUACAGGGUCAGUAAUAGCAGUAUGAUAGAUCCAGUGUAAUGUGUUGUUUUACAGGGUCAGUCAUAGUACUACGAUAGGUGCAGUGUAAUAUGUUGUUUUACAGGGUCAGUCAUAGUACUACGAUAGGUGCAGUGUAAUGUGUUGUUUUACAGGGUCAGUCAUAGUACUACGAUAGGUGCAGUGUAAUGUGUUGUUUUACAGGGUCAGUCAUAGUACUACGAUAGGUGCAGUGUAAUGUGUUGUUUUACAGGAGCAAAUUAGGGUUAAAUUCCUUGCUCAAGGCAGAUCAACUGAUAACAAUAUAGAUUUAUCUGAUUACUUGAUUCAUAUAAAUAUAGGAUUAUAUGAUAACUAGUUCAUUAAUAUUAAUAUAGGUCUAUAGAUAACUACUUUAUGAAUAAUAUUAAUAUAGGCUAGGUCUAUAUGAUAACUACUUCAUUAAUAAUAUUAAUAUAGGCUAGGUCUAUAUGAUAACUACUUCAUUAAUAAUAUUAAUAAAGGUUUAUAUGAUAACUACUUCAUUCAUAAUAGUAAGAUAGGGAUAUAUGAUAACUUGUUGAAUAAUAAUAUGAAUAACAUAGCGUAGCAUGGCAUAGUAAAUUAGUAUCCUGGUACGAUCUAUAAUAAUAAUAAUAAUAAUAAUAAUAGUAAUAAUAAUAAUAAUACUGAUAAUGGGGAUGGUGUUCUAGAACCAAUAGCCUACCAUAUUGUUCUUUCUGUUGUGAAUAUUUUCUUAUUUAGGCUAUUAUGGUUGAUGGUGAUGAGGAUAACUGAUAUUCUGAUUCUGAUUAUAAGAAUAUUGUUUUUAUUUAGAUGUUAAUAUAUUUCAAUAUGUCACCAUCUUUACCACUUUCAUUAUGUAGAUUGUUAUCAGAUCUGUGAGUGGUGUGUUGGUAGGAAGGGUAGAGGGCCACACACGCACACACAGGCACGCACACACACACACACACACACACACACACGACCGAGAAAGGGGGCUCACACACUCACACACGACCGAGAAAGGGGGCUCACACACUCACACACGACCGAGCAAGGGGGCUCACACACACAGAAUAGGUCUUCGACCUUCUUUAGAAAUAAAAGGCACGUGAACCUGAGUAGAACAGAUGCGGUCUGAUCCAGCGCGUGCAGAAACAGACAUCGCAUGUUUGAGCGGGUAAAGAGAUUUUCAUGCUCCACAAAAGAGCUGCCACACCUUUCCCCCGUCAGCCUGCCUAACCCUAACCCUUUCUCCUGUUAGACACUUAAUAUAUGCAAGACCUCUGCGUUUUGUAUAUUGAUUUUAUAAUCACUUUAGCUUCGGAGUAAAAAGAUACUAUACAGACAGAGUUUGUUAAAAAGACUAACACGGCCUGUUCCAUGUGGCGCGAGAUAGACAGCGGAGUGUUUUAUUUUAAUCAGGGUUGUGUCUGUGCCCGGCCGCCUCGCGGCUCACACCGGGGAUUAACCGGCUCCUUUUCAAUAAGAGCCCGUGUUCCUCAGUCAUUUUGAUGCCAUCACUGAUACCAGGCUCUGCACGCGGCCAUUUUUAACAGGUUCCACAUGCUGCCACAUUUGUGGUUAUGAUUGGUUAUAAGCGGUAACAACAGGUAGGUGCAGAUAUCAGCGUUCUCGCCCAUCCGGAGGUUGACGCAUUGUGCCGAGCUGCAUUUGUGUGUUUCUUGAUUCUCAUUCUUGAUCGUUUCUCUUUGGACCUUAUUAAUGCAUUAUUAUUAUUAUUAUUAUUAUUAUUAAUACAAAUGUAUUAUUAUUAUUGCUAUUAUUAAUAAACGUGUUCUUAUUCUUAUUGUUGCUGUUAUUAUUAUGAAUAAUGUGACACCGUUUCAGGGCUCCGUGGAGGCGCAGUGCGGGCUCAUGCUCAAUGGCCAAGGUGGCGUCAUCCGAAGAGGUAAGACACACUUUAAACACACAUUAACAUGAAUACCCCAUCUCCUUCUCUGUCUGGUCAACUGAAGAAUCGAAAAGACAAGAUGGAAGCAUUAUCUAAAUCAAGUGAAAAUAUAUUUUAGUUGAAUUAGCCAAUUUUAUGACACACCACGGUACUAUUUUUAAAUGUUUCUGUCAGUUUGUUUUUUAAAGUUGUUAAAUUAGUAAGUGAAAUGUCCGGACAUGAUGUAUACUUUCACUUCAAUCCAGACAAUUCUACUACUCUGCCUGAAGCUGGUUUACUUGACACUAUCAACUUCCAUUGUAGAAUAGAGAGUGCAUCAUCCUUUCACUCUGAUCAGUCAUUCUCAAACGAACUCUAUUAUGAAAAGUAAAAAUGAAAAUAAUAAAUUAAAAAUCAUAUUGCCUAACAACAACGACAACAACAAGAAACAAUAACAUGAAUAAUAACAAUAACAGUUAUAGUAGCUUAAUAUUAAUAAUUACAGUUGUAAUGACAGUACAAAAUAGUAAUAAUAAUAAUAACAGUAAUAAUAAUAGCUAGAAAAGUAACAAAAAAAAUAAAAAAAAUAAAAAUCCUGAAGAAAAUGUGGUGACCUUGCUACUAUUUAUGGGAUGGCAGGUUGCCCACCGUUAAGAGGGUUGGGCCACUAAACCAAAAGUUCGCUGGUUUGAAUCCCGAGCUGACUAGGUGGAACAUCUGUUGAUGUGCCCUUGAGCAAGGAACGUAACCCUAAUUGCUUCUGUAAAUGCAUUUAAAAUGUCUAUUUUUGGCAUUGUAUCCAUGAAAUGUUGUGCUAAUUUAUGCUAAUUACCUCUGUUUAUAGUUUAUCAAAGUUUUAAAGAAUGUGAAGUUAGGGUAGCCUGAACAAGUGAAAGUUGGUUUGGUGUCUCUAGCUUGAACGGUUCAAGAGUUACUGUUAGUGAGUUAUUUCAUGCACAUUUUUGCAAAAAUAUACAGUACAUAGUUAUAAGUUGAAAAAAGUUUUUAAGAAUGUGAAUUUAGAAUAGCUUGAAUGUUUUAUCUUUGGUCUUGUAGCUAACCCUAACCCUAACCCUAACCCUAACCCUAACCCUAACCCUAACCGGCCAAGGAGCAGGACCAUUUUGAAUUGCUACCUCUGUAUUCCUGUAACCCUAACCCUAACCCUAACCCUAACCCUAACCCUAACCGGCCAAGGAGCAGGACCAUUUUGAAUUGCUACCUCUGUAUUCCUGUGGUUUUUAUUUAAACCCUUGUUCAUUUAUACAAAAAGUAUAAAUAGUAUAAAAAAAUCGGUAUAAAAAUGUUGUUGUUGACAGCUCAUACGAUCAGAUUUAGAAACUAACCCUAACCCUAACCAUAACCCAGCUCAUACGAUCAGAUUUAGAAACUAACCCUAACCCUAACCCUAACCCUAACCCUAACCCUAACCCUAACCCUAACCCUAACCCUAACCAUAACCACACUGCUAACCCUAAUGCCUAAUCCUAAACUUAAAUUAAGACCAAAAUGUUUUGUUUUCAUACAUUUAUCCAAUAGCCUACCGCCAAUGUUGACUUUGUAACUGGCCUAUCUAAGGGGAAAUCGCUCAGUUCUGCCCCCAGGACAAGACUCAUGACAAUAAACAUCAACCUGCUCACUAAGUUUGAAAGCUAUCAAAAACAUUUUCUCAAUCAAUCUAAAUUGGGGCAGUCUGGAUAUUUGGAUAUUGGUUUCGUGUUAAUUGCUUAAAUAGUUUACGCUCUAGAGCAGACAGAAUAAAUAUAAUAAUAAUACUCUCCUGAGUGGCGCAGUGGUCUAAGGCUGGUUCGAAUCCAAGAUCCUGGUUCGAAUCCAGGCUCUGUCGUAGCCGGCCCAUCGUCGUCCAGGGUAGGGGAGGGAAUGGCCUGCAGGGAUGUAGCUCUGUUGGUAACGCCAGGGUUGUGGGUUCGAUUCCCAAGGGGGGCCAGUAUGAAAAAUUAAAAAAAUAAUGUAUGCACAAACUGUAAGUGACUCUGGAUAAGAGCGUCUGCUAAAUGUCAAGAAAUUAUUUUAAAAAAUGUAAAAUAAUAUGAUUCUGAGAAAAUCUAUAGUUGUGCUAUGCCUUCAGCAAGAUCAACAAAUAAUAAUUUCAUUGUGUUGGUCUUCACAGUAAUAACUGGAGGAUGUUUUGAUGUCAUUAGUAAAGACCUUAUGACUGUUUUUAUUAUUUGUUAUUGUUGACAAAUGAACUGUAUAAUGAAAUAUAGCCUAAUGGUGUAGAAAGAGAUCAUUCACUCUGAUUUGAAUCCAAUAGUCUGUUGAAACCAGACUUUUCCAGGUGUUUGUGUGGUAAAAAAGAUACAGAUAAAAACCUUUUAGCUCCAGCUCUGUGUGGAGAACAAAGAGCUACCUGCUUUCCGCUAUUUUACCUGUUAUCUGUUGCUGUAAUAGUAUGUUUACCUUAUCACUCUCUGUUGCUGUAAUAGUAUCUUUACCUUAUCACUCUCUGUUGCUGUGAUAGUAUGUUUACCUUAUCACUCUCUGUUGCUGUGAUAGUAUGUUUACCUUAUCACUCCCUGUUGCUGUGAUAGUAUGUUUACCUUAUCACUCUCUGUUGCUGUGAUAGUAUCAUUACCUUAUCACUCUCUGUUGCUGUGAUAGUAUCAUUACCUUAUCACUAUCUGUUGCUGUGAUAGUAUCAUUACCUUAUCACUAUCUGUUGCUGUGAUAGUAUCAUUACCUUAUCACUCUCUGUUGCAGUGAUAGUAUCAUUACCUUAUCACUCUCUGUUGCUGUGAUAGUAUGUUUACCUUUUUUAAUAUAAUAAUACCUUUUCACUCUCUGUUGCUGUAAUAGUAUGUUUACCUUAUCACUCUCUGUUGCUGUAAUAGUGUCUUUACCUUAUCACUCUCUGUUGCCGUGAUAGUAUGUUUACCUUAUCACUCUCUGUUGCUGUGAUAGUAUCAUUACCUUAUCACUCUCUGUUGCUGUGAUAGUAUCAUUACCUUAUCACUAUCUGUUGCUGUGAUAGUAUCAUUACCUUAUCACUCUCUGUUGCUGUGAUAGUAUCAUUACCUUAUCACUCUCUGUUGCUGUGAUAGUAUGUUUACCUUUCACUCUCUGUUGCUGUAAUAGUAUGUUUACCUUAUCACUCUCUGUUGCUGUAAUAGUAUCAUUACCUUAUCACUAUCUGUUGCUGUGAUAGUAUCAUUACCUUAUCACUAUCUGUUGCUGUGAUAGUAUCAUUACCUUAUCACUCUCUGUUGCAGUGAUAGUAUCAUUACCUUAUCACUCUCUGUUGCUGUGAUAGUAUGUUUACCUUUUUAAAUAUAAUAAUACCUUUUUCACUCUCUGUUGCUGUAAUAGUAUGUUUACCUUAUCACUCUCUGUUGCUGUAAUAGUAUCAUUACCUUAUCACUAUCUGUUGCUGUGAUAGUAUCAUUACCUUAUCACUCUCUGUUGCUGUGAUAGUAUCAUUACCGUAUCACUCUCUGUUGCUGUGAUAGUAUGUUUACCUUUUCACUCUCUUUUGCUGUAAUAGUAUGUUUACCUUAUCACUCUCUGUUGCUGUAAUAGUAUCAUUACCUUACCACUCUCUGUUGCUGUGAUAGUAUCAUUACCUUAUCACUCUCUGUUGCUGUGAUAGUAUGUUUACCUUUUUUAAUAUAAUAAUACCUUUUCACUCUCUGUUGCUGUAAUAGUAUGUUUACCUUAUCACUCUCUGUUGCUGUGAUAGUAUCAUUACCUUACCACUCUCUGUUGCUGUGAUAGUAUCAUUACCUUAUCACUCUCUGUUGCUGUGAUAGUAUCAUUACCUUAUCACUCUCUGUUGCUGUAAUAGUAUCAUUACCUUAUCACUCUCUGUUGCUGUGAUAGUAUCAAUACCUUAUCACUCUCUGUUGCUGUGAUAGUAUCAUUACCUUAUCACUCUCUGUUGCUGUAAUAGUAUCAUUACCUUAUCACUCUCUGUUGCUGUGAUCUAUCAAACAAGUUUCUCGAGCUAUACACACACGUGUAAUUUUCCAUCAAGCAGCCUGUGUCUAGUAGUUAACGUUGAAUAAACUGUGCAGGUGUGUGUGAGUUAAUCUGUCUUGGUGUUGGGUUUUGGAGUUUUCUGGAGGACUGAUGCGGGAAUCCCUCCGCUUUCACUUUCGGUUAAUGGUGUGCAGGAUUUAGCCGCGAGCUCCUCUUCUCCAACCAUCACAACCAAUAAUCUUUGCUUUACCUCGCGCUCCGGUAUCGAUAGCUUCUCUCGCCUCGGGCGUCAGCUUUGAUAUGCUAAUGCUGCGAGGCCCGAAUUCAGCUGAGAUCAUAUUAAUGUUGUUCUUUCUGACGGCGGCUUUGGCGCCAUGAAUAUUCACACAACCUUUUUCAAAAGAAAUGUCUCCAGAAACGCGGCUCCUACUUAGAGCAGUGUCUGUGUUCUAAUCACUAGUAUCCCACCAAGCUUUCAGCAUCUGAUCAAGCUUAUCACCAGACUUGUGCCCUCUACGUGCACACGCCCUCGCUCAGACGGCUGCUGGGUUUGUGUGGGCUGUGCUGUCUUGUGACAGGUGCUAUAAACAUUGUGGUUAAAAUAGGAGGAGAAUUACAUUUGGCCCGUGUCUCUUUUUCUUUAAUUUUCGUGGCAAACGUGUAAAAGCGCUUGAUUCCGCGUAUGAUUCCGCCGCUGCUCGCGCCGCCGCCCGAGGCUACUCUCCACUGCUUAAAUAGAGCUAUCGCCUCUGGGCCCACGUGCUCCACCGCACUACCGGCAAUAGCUCUUUUUCCAUUGCCCGUGGCAACAUAAAAUACAUAAUACUUUGAUUCAAAACAUUUUUGGAGGAAUUAAUAUGAUGUGAACUCACAGCUUUCAGAGACGUGAGUCUGACUGACAGGCAAGGCAGGAAACUGUCACACAUCUGGACUUCACACACGACUAUCACACUCACACACACACACACAUACGCACACGCACACGUUUAUUUGUUGUGUUACUGUGUUGUGUCUAGGAGGUACCUGUGUGGUGAUCGCUAGAUGUUACUAGUGUUUAUUUAACAUUUGUUACUGUGUUGUGUCUAGGAGGUACCUGUGUGGUGAACCCCACAGAUCUGUUCUGCUCUGUCCCCGGCCGUCUGUCUCUCCUCAGCUCAACCUCUAAAUAUAAAGUCACCAUCGCUGAGGUGAAGAGACGCCUCUCACCUCCAGAGUGUCUCAACGCCUCACUACUGGGAGGAAUCCUCCGCAGGUACACACACACACACACACACACACACACACACACACACACACACACACACACACACACACACACACACACACACACACACACACACACACACACACACACACACACACACACACACACACACAAACACACACACACACACACACAAACGCACACACAAACGCACACACAAACGCACACACAAACGCACACACAAUCGUUUUACACAUUUCGAAGCUAAACAUUUAUGUAAUUUUAAAAGACUCAAAUUAAAUGUUUUUGCGUGAUCAUUUAUUUUAUUGAUAGAGAUGCAAUAAUGGGGAGUAAUACAUUGCAAAACAGAUAGUUUCUCACAGCAGAAAAAUAAUUCUGCAGCAACAGGAAAUGGGAAUUAUUACGUGGAUUAUAAUUAAUGGAAAUGUUUUAUAGGGGUUGAUACGUUUUUGGUAUUGAUUUGACGAUGAUGUGCUCAUGUCUUUUAAUGCAGAGCUAAGUCUAAGAACGGUGGACGUUGUCUGAGAGAGAAGUUGGAUCGACUGGGACUCAACCUGCCAGCUGGUCGGAGAAAAGCUGCCAACGUUACACUCCUCACCUCUCUGGUGGAAGGUAGGAAUAACUCAUCCCUCUAUCAAUCUACACCUCCUAAUAAAACUCAUCCCUCUCUCAAUCUACACCUUCUUAUAAAACUCAUCCCUCUAUCAAUCUACACCUCCAAAUGAAACUCAUCCCUCUAUCAAUCUACACCUUCUAAUAAAAUUCAUCCCUCUAUCAAGCUACACCUUCUAAUAAAACUCAUCCCUCUAUCAAUCCACACGUUCUAAUAAAACUCAUCCCUCUAUCAAUCUACACCUUCUAAUAAAACUCAUCCCUCUAUCAAUCUACAACUUCUAAUAACUCAUCCCUCUAUCAAUCUACACCUUCUAAUAAAAAUCAUCCCUCUAUCAUUCUACACCUAUUAAUAAAACUCAUCCCUCUAUCAAUCUACACAUUCUAGUAAAACUCAUCCCUCUAUCAAUCUACACCUUCUAGUAAAACCCAUCCCUCAAUCAAUCUACCCCUUCUAGUAAAACUCAUCCCUCUAUCAAUCUACACCUUCUAAUAAAACUCAUCCCUCUAUCAAUCUACACACUCUAAUAAAACUCAUCCCUCUAUCAAUCCACACUUUCUAAUAAAACUCAUCCCUCUAUCAAUCUACACACUCUCUAAUAAAACUCAUCCCUCUAUCAAUCUCCACCUUCUAAUAAAACUCAUCCCUCUAUCAAUCUACACCUUCUAAUAACACUCAUCCCUCUAUCAAUCUACAACUACUAAUAACACUCAUCCCUCUAUCAAUCUACACCUUCUAAUAAAACUCAUCCCUCUAUCAAUCCACACUUUCUAAUAACACUCAUCCCUCUAUCAAUCUACAACUUCUAAUAAAACUCAUCCCUCUAUCAAUCUACACCUUCUAAUACAACUCAUCCUCUGUCAAUCUACACCUUCUAAUAAAACUCAUCCCUCUAUCAAUCUACACACUCUCUAAUAAAACUCAACCCCCUUAUCAAUGUACACCCUCUAUUAAAACUCAUCCCUCUAUCAAUCUACACCUUCUAAUAAAAGUCAUCCCUCUAUAUAUCUACACUCUCUAGUAAAACUCAUCCCUCUAUCAAUCUACACCUCCUAAUAAAACUCAUCCCUCUAUCAAUCUACACUUUCUAGUAAAACUCAUCCAUCUAUCAAUCUACAACUUCUAAUAAAAGUCAUCCCUCUAUCAAUCCACACUUUCUAAUAAAACUCAUCCCUCUAUCAAUCUACGCAUUCUAAUACAAGUCAUCCCUCUAUCAAUAUACACCUUCUAGUAAAACUCAUCCCUCCAUCAAUCUACCUCUUCUAGUAAAACUCAUCCCUCUAUCAAUCUACACCUAAUAAAACUCAUCCCUCUAUCAAUCUACACCUUCUAAUACAACUCAUCCCUCUAUCAAUCUACACCUUCUAAUAAAACUCAUCCCUCUAUAUAUCUACACCUUCUAAUAAAACUCAUCCCUCUAUCAAUCUACACCUUCUAAUAAAACUCAUCCCUCUAUCAAUCUACACACUCUCUAAUAAAACUCAUCCCUCUAUCAAUCCACACUGUCUAAUAAAUCUCAUCCCUCUAUCAAUCUACACCUUCUAAUAAAACUCAUUCCUCUAUCAAUCUACACCUCCUAAUAAAACUCAUCCCUCUAUCAAUCCACACUUUCUACUAAAACUCAUCCCUCUAUCAAUCUACAACUUCUAAUAAAACUCAUCCCUCUAUCAAUCUACACCUUCUAAUAAAACACAUCCCUCUAUCAAUCUACACACUCUCUAAUAAAACUCAUCCCUCUAUCAAUCCACACUUUCUAAUAAAACUCAUCCCUCUAUCAAUCUACACUGUCAAAUAAAACUCAUCCCUCUAUCAAUCUACACCUUCUAAUAAAACUCAUCCCUCUAUCAAUCUACACCUUCUAAUAAAACUCAUCCCCCUAUCAAUCUACACCUUCUAAUAAAACUCAUCCCUCUAUCAAUCUACACAUUCUAGUAAAACUCAUCCCUCUAUCAAUCUACACCUCCUAAUAAAACUCAUCCCUCUAUCAAUCUACAUCUUAUAAUACAACUCAUCCUCUGUCAAUCUACACCUUCUAAUAAAACUCAUCCCUCUAUCAAUCUACACACUCUCUAAUAAAACUCAUCCCUCUAUCAAUGUACACCCUCUUUUAAAACUCAUCCCUCUAUCAAUCUACACCUUCUAAUAAAACUCAUCCCUCUAUCAAUCUAUACCCUCUAAUAAAACUCAUCCCUCUAUCAAUCUACACCUUGAAAAAAACACAUCCCUCUAUCAAUCUACACUUUCUAAUAAAACUCAUCCCUCUAUCAAUCUACACUUUCUAAUAAAACUCAUCCCUCUAUCAAUCUAUACCCUCUAAUAAAACCCAUCCCUCUAUCAAUCUACAACUUCUAAUAAAACUCAUCCCUCUAUCGAUCUACACACUCUCUAAUAAAACUCAUCCCUCUAUCAAUGUACACCCUCUUUUAAAACACAUCCCUCUAUCAAUCUACACUUUCUAAUAAAACUCAUCCCUCUAUCAAUCUACACCUUCUAAUAAAACUCAUCCCUCUAUCAAUCCACACUUUCUAAUAAAACUCAUCCCUCUAUCAAUCUAUACCCUCUAAUAAAACCCAUCCCUCUAUCAAUCUACAACUUCUAAUAAAACUCAUCCCUCUAUAAAUAUACACCUUCUAAUGAAACGUAUCCCUCUAUCAAUCCACACUUUCUAAUAAAACUCAUCCCUCUAUCAAUCCACACUUUCUAAUAAAACUCAUCCCUCUAUCAAUCUACAACUUCUAAUAAAACUCAUCCCUCUAUCAAUCUACACCUUUUAAUAAAACGUAUCCCUCUAUCAAUCUACACCAAAUAAAACUCAUCCCUCUAUCAAUCUACACCUUCUAAUAAAACUCAUCCCUCUAUCAAUCUACACCUUCUAAUAAAACUCAUCCCUCUAUCAAUCUACACCUUCUAAUAAAACUCAUCCCUCUAUCAAUCUACACCUUCUAAUAAAACUCAUCCCUCUAUUAAUCUACACACUCUCUAAUAAAACUCAUCCCUCUAUUAAUCCACACUUUCUAAUAAAACUCAUCCCUCUAUCAAUCUACACACUCUCUAAUAAAACUCAUCCCUCUAUCAAUGUACACCUUCUAAUAAAACUCAUCCCUCUAUCAAUCCACACUUUCUAAUAAAACUCAUCCCUCUAUCAAUGUACACCCUCUAAUAAAACUCAUCCCUCUAUCAAUCUACACCUUCUAAUAAAACGUAUCCCUCUAUCAAUCUACACAUUCUAGUAAAACUAAUCCCUCUAUCAAUCUACAACUUCUAAUAAAACUCAUUCCUCUAUCAAUCUACACAUUCUAAUAAAACUCAUCCAUCUAUCAAUCUACACUUUCUAAUAAAACUCAUCCCUCUAUCAAUAUAUGUAUUCUAAAAAAAAGUCAUCCCUCUAUCAAUCUACACAUUCUAAUAAAACUCACCCAUCUAUUUAUCUACACUCUCUAGUAAAACUCACCCCUCUAUCAAUCUACACCUUCUAAUACAACUCAUCCCUCUAUCAAUCUACACCUUCUAACUAAUAAAACUCAUCCCUCUAUCAAUCUACACCUUCUAAUAAAACGUAUCCCUCUAUCAAUCUACAACUUCUAAUAAAAUGCAUCCCUCUUUCAAUCCACACCUUCUAAUAGAACUCAUCCCUCUAUAUAUCUACACUGUCUAGUAAAACUCAUCCCUCUUUCAAUCUACAUCUUCUAAUAAAACUCAUCCCUCUAUCAAUCCACACUUUCUAAUAAAACUCAUCCCUCUUUCAAUCUACACAUUCUAAUAAAACUCAUCCCUCUAUCCAUCCACACUUUCUAAUAAAACUCAUCCCUCUAUCAAUCUAGGUAUUUUAAUAAAAGUCAUCCCUCUAUCAAUCUACAAUUCUAAUAAAACUCAUCCCUCUAUAUAUCUACACUCUCUAGUAAAACUCAUCCCUCUAUCAAUCUACACCUCCUAAUAAAACUCAUCCCUUUAUCAAUCCACACUUUCUACUAAAACUCAUCCCUCUAUCAAUCUACAACUUCUAAUAAAACUCAUCCCUCUAUCAAUCUACACCUUCUAAUACAACUCAUCCUCUGUCAAUCUACACCUUCUAAUAAAAGUCAUCCCUCUAUUAAUCUACACACUCUCUAAUAAAACUCAUCCCUCUAUCAAUGUACACCCUCUUUUAAAACUCAUCCCUCUAUCAAUCUACACCUUCUAAUAAAAGUCAUCCCUCUAUCAAUCUACCCCUUCUAAUAAAAGUCAUCCCUCUAUCAAUCUCCACCUCCUAAUAAAACUCAUACCUCUCUCAAUUUACACUUUCUAAUAAAACUCAUCCCUCUAUAUAUCUACACUGUCUAGUAAAACUCAUCCCUCUAUCAAUCUACGCAUUCUAAUAAAAGUCAUCCCUCUAUCAAUCUACACAUUCUAGUAAAACUCAUCCCUCUAUCAAUAUACACCUUUAAAAAAACACAUCCCUCUAUCAAUCUACACCUUCUAUUAAAACUCAUCCCUAUAUCAAUCUACACCCUCCAAUAAAACCCAUCCCUUUAUUAAUCUACACCUUCUAAUAAAACUCAUCCCUCUAUCAAUCUACACCCUCUAAUAAAACUCAUCCCUCUAUCAAGCUACACUUUCUAAUAAAAGUCAUCCCUCUAUCAAUCUCCACCUCCUAAUAAAUAUCAUUCCUCUAUCAAUCUACACCUUCUAAUAAAACUCAUCCCUCUAUCAAUUUACCCCUUCUAGUAAAACUCAUCCCUCUAUCAAGCUACACUUUCUAAUAAAAGUCAUCCCUCUAUCAAUCUACACCUUCUAAUAAAACUCAUCCCUCUAUCAAUCUACACCUUCUAAUAAAACUCAUCCCUCUAUCAAUCUACACCUUCUAAUAAAACUCAUCCAUUUUCAAUGUACACCCUCUAAUAAAAGUCAUCCCUCUAUCAAUCUACACCUUCUAAUAAAACACAUCCCUCUAUCAAUCUACACCUUCUAAUAAAACACAUCCCUCUAUCAAUCUACACCUUCUAACAAAACUCAUCCCUUUAUCAAUCUACACCUUCUAAUAAAACACAUCCCUCUAUCAAUCUACACUUUCUAAUAAAACUCAUCCCUCUAUCAAUCUACACCUUCUAGUAAAACUCAUCUCUCAAUCAAUCUACACCUUCUAAUAAAACUCAUCCCUCUAUCAAUCUAUACAUUGUAGUAAAACUCAUCCCUCUAUCAAUCUACACCUUCUAGUAAAACUCAUCUCUCUAUCAAUCUACACCUUCUAAUAAAACUCAUCCCUCUAUCAAUCUACACCCUCUACUAAAACUCAUCCCUCUAUCAAGCUACACCUUCUAAUAAAACUCAUCCCUCUAUCAAGCUACACCUUCUAAUAACACUCAUCCCUCUAUCAAUCUACACCUUCUAAUAAAACUCAUCCCUUUUCAAUGUACACCCUCUAAUAAAAGUCAUCCCUCUAUCAAUCUACACCUUCUAAUAGAACACAUCCCUCUAUCAAUCUACACAUUGUAGUAAAACUCAUCUCUCAAUCAAUCUACAACUUCUAAUAAAACUCAUCCCUCUAUCAAUCUACACCUUCUAAUAAAACUCAUCCCUCUCUCAAUCCACACUUUCUAAUAAAACUCAUCCCUCUAUAUAUCUACACUAUCUAGUAAAACUCAUCCCUCUAUCAAUCUACACCUUCUAAUAAAACUCAUCCCUCUAUCAAUCCACACUUUCUAAUAAAACUCAUCCCUCUAUCAAUCUACACCUUCUAAUAAAACUCAUCCCUCUAUCUAUCUACACAUUCUAGUAAAACUCAUCCCUCUAUCAAUCUACACCUUCUAAUAAAAGUCAUCCCUCUAUCAAUCUCCACCUCCUAAUAAAACUCAUACCUCUCUCAAUUUACACUUUCUAAUAAAACUCAUCCCUCUAUAUGUCUACACUGUCUAGUAAAACUCAUCCCUCUAUCAAUCUACGCAUUCUAAUAAAAGUCAUCCCUCUAUCAAUCUACACAUUCUAGUAAAACUCAUCCCUCUAUCAAUAUACACCUUUAAAAAAACACAUCCCUCUAUCAAUCUACACCUUCUAUUAAAACUCAUCCCUAUAUCAAUCUACACCCUCCAAUAAAACCCAUCCCUUUAUUAAUCUACACCUUCUAAUAAAACUCAUCCCUCUAUCAAUCUACACCCUCUAAUAAAACUCAUCCCUCUAUCAAGCUACACCUUCUAAUAUAACUCAUCCCUCUAUCACGCUACACUUUCUAAUAAUAUUCAUCACUCUAUCAAUCUACACCUUCUAAUAAAACUCAUCCCUCUAUCAAUCUACACCUUCUAAUAAAACUCAUCCCUCUAUCAAUCUACACCUUCUAAUAAAACUCAUCCAUUUUCAAUGUACACCCUCUAAUAAAAGUCAUCCCUCUAUCAAUCUACACCUUCUAAUAAAACUCAUCCCUCUAUCAAUCUACACCUUCUAAUAAAACACAUCCCUCUAUCAAUCUACACCUUCUAACAAAACUCAUCCCUUUAUCAAUCUACACCUUCUAAUAAAACACAUCCCUCUAUCAAUCUACACUUUCUAAUAAAACUCAUCCCUCUAUCAAUCUACACCUUCUAGUAAAACUCAUCUCUCAAUCAAUCUACACCUUCUAAUAAAACUCAUCCCUCUAUCAAUCUACACCUUCUAAUAAAACUCAUCCCUCUAUCAAUCUACACCUUCUAGUAAAACUCAUCCCUCUAUCAAUCUACACCUUCUAAUAAAACUCAUCCCUCUAUCAAUCUACACCCUCUACUAAAACUCAUCCCUCUAUCAAGCUACACCUUCUAAUAAAACUCAUCCCUCUAUCAAGCUACACCUUCUAAUAACACUCAUCCCUCUAUCAAUCUACACCUUCUAAUAAAACUCAUCCCUUUUCAAUGUACACCCUCUAAUAAAAGUCAUCCCUCUAUCAAUCUACACCUUCUAAUAGAACACAUCCCUCUAUCAAUCUACACAUUGUAGUAAAACUCAUCCCUCUAUCAAUCUACACCUUCUAGUAAAACUCAUCUCUCAAUCAAUCUACAACUUCUAAUAAAACUCAUCCCUCUUUCAAUCUACCCCUUCUAAUAAAAGUCAUCCCUCUAUCAAUCUCCACCUCCUAAUAAAACUCAUACCUCUCUCAAUUUACACUUUCUAAUAAAACUCAUCCCUCUAUAUGUCUACACUGUCUAGUAAAACUCAUCCCUCUAUCAAUCUACGCAUUCUAAUAAAAGUCAUCCCUCUAUCAAUCUACACAUUCUAGUAAAACUCAUCCCUCUAUCAAUAUACACCUUUAAAAAAACACAUCCCUCUAUCAAUCUACACCUUCUAUUAAAACUCAUCCCUAUAUCAAUCUACACCCUCCAAUAAAACCCAUCCCUCUAUCAAUCUACACUUUCUAAUGCAACUCAUCCCUCUAUCAAUCUAAACCUUCUGAUAAAACUCAUCCCUUUAUUAAUCUACACCUUCUAAUAAAACUCAUCCCUCUAUCAAUCUACACCCUCUAAUAAAACUCAUCCCUCUAUCAAGCUACACCUUCUAAUAUAACUCAUCCCUCUAUCAAGCUACACUUUCUAAUAAAACACAUCCCUCUAUCAAUCUACACCUUCUAAUAAAACUCAUCCCUUUAUCAAUCUACACCUUCUAAUAAAACACAUCCCUCUAUCAAUCUACACUUUCUAAUAAAACUCAUCCCUCUAUCAAUCUACACCUUCUAGUAAAACUCAUCUCUCAAUCAAUCUACACCUUCUAAUACAACUCAUCCCUCUAUCAAUCUAUGCAUUGUAGUAAAACUCAUCCCUCUAUCAAUCUACACCUUCUAAUAAAACUCAUCCCUCUAUCAAUCUACACCCUCUACUAAAACUCAUCCCUCUAUCAAGCUACACCUUCUAAUAAAACUCAUCCCUCUAUCAAGCUACACCUUCUAAUAACACUCAUCCCUCUAUCAAUCUACACCUUCUAAUAGAACACAUCCCUCUAUCAAUCUACACAUUGUAGUAAAACUCAUCCCUCUAUCAAUCUACACCUUCUAGUAAAACUAAUCUCUCUAUCAAUCUACACCUUCUAAUAAAACUCAUCCCUCUAUCAAUCUACACCUUCUAAUAAAACUCAUCCCUUUUCAAUGUACACCCUCUAAUAAAAGUCAUCCCUCUAUCAAUCUACACCUUCUAAUAGAACACAUCCCUCUAUCAAUCUACACAUUGUAGUAAAACUCAUCCCUCUAUCAAUCUACACCUUCUAGUAAAACUAAUCUCUCAAUCAAUCUACACCUUCUAAUAAAACUCAUCCCUCUAUCAAUCUACACCUUCUAAUAAAACUCAUCCCUUUAUCAAUGUUCACCCUCUAAUAAAUAUCAUCCCUCUAUGAAGCUACACCUUCUAAUAAAACUCAUCCCUCUAUCAAGCUACACCCUCUAAUAAAACUCAUCCCUCUAUGAAGCUACACUUUCUAAUAAACCUCAUCCCUCUAUCAAGCUACACAUUUCAAUAAAACUCAUCCCUCUAUCAAUCAAUACCCUCUAAUAAAACUCAUCCCUCUAUCAAUCUACACCUUCUAAUAAAACUCAUCCCUCUAUCAAGCUACACGUUCUAAUAAAACUCAUCCCUCUAUCCUAAUAUAAUGUAUGUGUUUGUAGGUGAGGCGCUCCACCUGGCCAGAGACUUUGGUUAUACGUGUGAGACAGAGUUUCCUACCAAGGCAGCAGGAGAACACCUAGCCAGUCAACACAACGAACCCAAGGAGACGAGUGCUCGCAAGAAGAUGGUGCUGGCCACCAAGUACGACACACACACAGACACACUUACACAAACACAGACACACACACACACACUUACACACACGGAAACACACACACCAUUACACACACCAGUACACACACACACACACACACACACACACACACACACACACACACACACACACACACACACACACACACACACACACACACACACACACACACACACACACACGCACACUGAACCCUUAACCUCUGACCCCUAACCUCUAAUAUGUGCCCUGUGACCUUUAGGCAGAUCUGUAAGGAGUUCCAGGACCUGUUGAGUCAGGACCGUUCUCCUCUUGGCUCCUCCAGACCCACACCUAUACUGGACCUUGAUAUACAGAGACACCUCACACACUUCAGGUACACACACACACACACACACACACACACACACACACACACACACACACACAAUGUAAUACGCAAUAUGUACAACUUUAGCUAGUGUCAGGCAAUCUUUCCGGCCGAAAGGCACUACAGAGGGUAUUGCAUACUGCCCAGUACAUCAGUGGGGCCAAGCUUCCUGCCAUCCAGGACCUCUAUACCAGGCGGUGUCAGAGGUAGGCCCUAAAAAUGGUCAAAGCCACUCUGCUACCCAAGUCAUAGACUGUUCUCUCUGCUACCGCACGGCAAGCGGUACUGAUGCACCAAGUCUGGAACCAACAGUACCCUGAACAGCUUCUACCCCCAAGCCAAAAGACUGCUAAAUAGUUAGUAAAAUAGUUAACCAAAUAGCUACCUGGACUAUCUGCAUUGACCCUUUUUACACUCACUUUUUUAACUCAUCACAUACGCCGCUGCUACUGUUUAUUAUCUGUCACUUUAGUCCUAGUUAUAUGUACAUAUUUACCUCAAUUACCUUGUACCCCUACACAUGGACUCAGUACUGGUAGACCGUGUAUAUAGCCACGUUAUUACCUGGUACCCCUACACAUGGACUCAGUACUGGUACCCCGUGUAUAUAGCCACGUUAUUACCUGGUACCCCUACACAUGGACUCAGUACUGGUACCCCGUGUAUAUAGCCACGUUAUUACCUGGUUCCCCUGCACAUGGACUCAGUACUGGUACCCCGUGUAUAUAGCCACGUUAUUACCUGGUACCCCUACACAUGGACUCAGUACUGGUACCCCGUGUAUAUAGCCACGUUAUCGUUACUCAUUGUGGAUUUAUUAUUACUUUUAUUAUUACCUGUUAUUAUUUCUCAACUUUCUUUCCCUCUGCAUUGUUGGGAAGUAUUUCACUGUUAGUCCACACCUUUUGUUUACCAAGCACGUGACAAAUAACAUUUGUAUUUAUUAUGGAUCCCCAUUAGCUGCCAAGGCAGCAGCUGCUCUUCCUGGGGUCCGGCAAAAUUAAAGCAGCUGUACAAUUCUAAAAACAUUACAAUACAUUUAACAACAGAUUUCACAAUAUAUUAAGUGUGUGCCCUCAGGCCCCUACUCCACUACCACAUAUAUACAAUACAAAAUCCAUGUGUACGUGUGUGUAUAGUGCGUAUGUUAUCAUGUAAUAUGCCAUUUAGCAGACGCUUUUAUCCAAAGCGACUUACAGUCAUGUGUGCAUACAUUUUUACGUAUGGGUGGUCCCGGGGAUCGAACCCACUACCCUGGCGUUACAAGCGCCAUGCUCUACCAAUUGAGCUACAGAGGACCACAUUACCAUGUGUGUAUGCAUGUGUCUGUGCCUAUGUUUGUGUUGCUUCAAAGUUCCCGCUGUUCCAUAAGGUGUAUUUUUAUCUGUUUUUAUAAUCUGAUUCUAGUGCUUGCGUCAGUUACCUGAUGUGGAAUAGUUCCAUGUAGUCAUGGCUCUAUGUAGUACUGUGCAUCUCCUAUAGUCUGUUCUGGACUUGGGGACUGUGAAGAGACCUCUGGUGGCAUGUCUUGUGGGGUAUGCACGGGUGUCUGAGCUGUGUGCCAGUAGUUUAAACAGACAGCUCGGUGCUUCAACCAGCUCCAAUACUGAUGUCUGUGGUUAGGGAUAUAUAGUGUGCAUUUAUAUGUGUGUGUAUAUUCUCCAGUCUCAUCACCCAUGGGUUCGGGACUCCGGCAGUGUGCGCGGCUCUCAGCACCUUCCAGACUGUUCUCAGUGAGAUGCUCAACUUCCUGGACAAACAUUCUGCCGCCGGGAACCAUGGGAAAACCUCUGGUCAGGAGACGGAAAAGACAGGAACCGCCCGGAAAAACAGCGAACCGCUCAAUAAAGAGGAGAAAGCUGAAAAGACAGAGUAACCCCUUCCUUGUGCCUUGCAGGAGGAGCAAAUCUCCAUGGAGACGGACAGAGAUGAUUAUUAAUUCUGAACAACAGGAAGUAGAGACAUUGUCUUCUGGUCACCGCCAUUUGGGAGCCAAGGGA